UAGCGACCCCGGCCCCCGCGCCGGCCGACAUGGGCAACGCGGGGAGCAUGGAUUCGCAGCAGACCGAUUUCAGGGCGCACAACGUGCCUUUGAAGCUGCCGAUGCCCGAGCCAGGGGAACUGGAGGAGCGAUUUGCCAUCGUGCUGAAUGCCAUGAACCUACCUCCUGACAAAGCCAGGUUACUGCGGCAGUAUGACAAUGAGAAAAAAUGGGAACUGAUUUGUGAUCAGGAACGAUUCCAGGUGAAGAAUCCUCCUCAUACAUACAUUCAGAAACUCAAAGGCUACCUGGACCCAGCUGUAACCAGGAAGAAAUUUAGACGGCGUGUUCAAGAGUCUACACAAGUGCUAAGAGAACUGGAAAUUUCUUUAAGAACCAACCACAUAGGAUGGGUCCGAGAGUUUCUGAAUGAAGAAAACAAAGGUCUCGAUGUUCUGGUGGAAUAUCUGUCAUUUGCACAGUACGCAGUAACUUUUGACUUUGAGAGCGUGGAGAGUACUGUGGAGAGUUCGGUGGACAAAUCAAAGCCCUGGAGCAGGUCCAUCGAGGACCUGCACAGAGGGAGCAACCUGCCAUCGCCUGUGGGCAACAGCGUGUCCCGCUCUGGAAGGCAUUCUGCACUCCGAUAUAAUACUUUGCCAAGCAGAAGAACCCUGAAAAAUUCAAGAUUAGUGAGUAAGAAAGAUGAUGUUCAUGUCUGUAUCAUGUGUUUACGUGCCAUCAUGAAUUAUCAGUAUGGUUUCAACAUGGUCAUGUCUCAUCCACAUGCUGUCAACGAGAUUGCACUAAGCUUGAACAACAAGAAUCCCAGAACAAAAGCCCUUGUUUUAGAACUGUUGGCAGCCGUUUGUCUUGUCAGAGGCGGGCAUGAAAUCAUCUUAUCAGCCUUUGAUAACUUUAAGGAGGUUUGUGGAGAAAAACAGCGCUUUGAGAAGUUGAUGGAACACUUCAGGAAUGAAGACAAUAACAUCGAUUUUAUGGUGGCCUCGAUGCAGUUCAUUAACAUUGUAGUUCAUUCGGUGGAAGACAUGAAUUUCAGAGUUCACCUUCAAUAUGAAUUUACCAAGUUAGGCCUGGAUGAAUACUUGGACAAGCUGAAACACACAGAGAGUGACAAGCUGCAGGUACAGAUUCAGGCUUACUUGGACAAUGUGUUUGAUGUAGGAGCUCUGCUGGAAGAUGCUGAAACCAAGAAUGCAGCCUUGGAGAGGGUGGAAGAACUGGAAGAGAACAUCUCUCACUUAUCUGAGAAACUGCAAGACACAGAGAAUGAAGCCAUGUCCAAAAUCGUGGAACUGGAAAAGCAGCUCAUGCAGAGGAACAAGGAGCUGGAUGUUGUCCGAGAAAUCUACAAAGAUGCAAACACCCAAGUUCACACAUUAAGAAAAAUGGUCAAAGAAAAAGAAGAAGCCAUUCAGAGACAGUCUACCCUGGAAAAAAAGAUUCAUGAACUGGAGAAACAGGGGACCAUUAAAAUUCAGAAGAAAGGGGACGGGGACAUUGCCAUUCUGCCAGUCCUGGCUUCUGGCGCGUUGUCUGCAGGGUCAGAAGUGAACUAUGUGGGACCGCUGACGGGGGCUACCUCCUCGGGACCCUUGCCACCUCCUCCCCCACCACUACCUCCGUCAUCAGACACACCCGAAGCAGUGCAAAAUGGUCCUGUAACACCACCAAUGCCACCACCUCCCCCGCCUCCUCCCCCGCCCCCACCUCCCCCACCCCCUCCUCCUCCUCCUCCUCUCCCGGGUCCUGCAGCUGAGACUGUGCCAGCUCCUCCUCUGCCACCACCCCCUCCUCCCUCUGCACCCCCACUGCCGGGAUCAUCUUCACCUACAGUGGUUUUCAACUCAGGAUUAGCAGAUGGGCCCAUCAAGCUUUUCUCUGUGAAAAUUAAGAAGCCAAUCAAGACGAAGUUCAGAAUGCCAGUGUUUAACUGGGUAGCCCUGAAGCCCAAUCAGAUUAAUGGCACCGUCUUCAAUGAAAUCGACGACGAGCGUAUUCUGGAGGAUUUAAAUGUGGAUGAAUUUGAGGAAAUAUUCAAGACAAAAGCUCAAGGUCCUGCCAUUGAUUUGUCUUCAAGCAAACAGAAGAUAACACAGAAGGGAUCGAGCAAAGUGACGUUGCUAGAAGCAAACAGGGCCAAAAAUCUUGCCAUAACUUUAAGGAAAGCUGGGAAGACUGCGGAUGAGAUAUGUAAAGCUAUUCACAUAUUUGACUUGAAGACAUUGCCUGUAGACUUUGUAGAAUGCUUGAUGAGGUUCUUGCCGACCGAGAACGAGGUGAAAGUGCUGCGGCUCUACGAGCGGGAACGGAAGCCCCUGGAGAACCUGUCGGAUGAAGACCGGUUCAUGAUGCAGUUCAGUAAAAUUGAGAGGCUCAUGCAGAAGAUGACCAUCAUGGCCUUCAUUGGGAACUUCGCUGAGAGCAUCCAGAUGCUGACUCCCCAACUGCACGCAGUCAUAGCAGCGUCGGUCUCUAUCAAGUCAUCCCAAAAGCUCAAGAAGAUUCUGGAGAUCAUCUUGGCGCUUGGAAACUACAUGAAUAGCAGUAAACGAGGAGCAGUUUAUGGAUUUAAGCUUCAGAGUUUGGAUUUGCUCUUAGACACCAAGUCCACAGACCGGAAGCAAACGCUGUUGCACUAUAUCUCGAAUGUUGUAAAAGAGAAAUAUCACCAAGUGUCCCUGUUUUACAAUGAGCUGCAUUACGUAGAAAAAGCUGCCGCAGUCUCCCUUGAGAAUGUUUUACUGGAUGUCAAGGAGCUCCAGAGGGGCAUGGACUUGACCAAGAGGGAGUACACCAUGCACGACCACAACACACUGCUGAAGGAGUUCAUCCUCAACAAUGAGGGGAAGCUGAAGAAGCUGCAGGACGACGCCAAGAUCGCCCAGGAUGCCUUUGACGAUGUGGUGAAAUACUUUGGCGAAAACCCCAAGACAACGCCGCCUUCUGUCUUCUUUCCCGUCUUCGUUCGCUUUGUGAAAGCUUAUAAGCAAGCGGAAGAGGAAAAUGAGCUGAGGAAGAAGCAGGAACAAGCCCUCAUGGAAAAGCUCCUGCAGCAGGAAGCUCUCAUGGAGCAACAGGACCCAAAGUCUCCUUCUCAUAAGUCAAAGAGGCAGCAGCAAGAACUGAUCGCAGAGUUAAGGCGGCGGCAAGUGAAAGAUAACAGACAUGUUUAUGAGGGAAAAGAUGGUGCCAUUGAAGACAUUAUCACAGUGCUGAAGACUGUGCCCUUUACUGCUCGCACCGCCAAGCGUGGCUCUCGGUUUUUCUGCGAACCUGUUCUCACUGAGGAAUACCAUUACUAAACUAUUACUCUUUCUCACCUGAUGCUCUUAAAAGAUCUUAGAAACCAACCAUACAGACGAGCCGACGCGGUGAGGAGAAGUGUCAGGCGGCGCUUUGAUGAUCAGAACUUGCGUUCUGUUAAUGGUGCAGAAAUAACAAUGUGACCCCAGCGACCUGCCUACAUGAAGAGGGUGUGCGUGAAUGAAACUGCCCAUGUGAACUUUAUGUGCUAUUAUUUAACUGCAGCCUUCAACACAAAUAUUUUAAGGGCUCAGAUUUAGCAAACACAUAGAAAUUUUAAAAUGAUGGGCUUUCCUUUCAACCCUUAACAAGUGCCUAAAAAUGGAAGUACCUGCUCAGAUUAAUCAAAGCAAUAGGAUUUGAUUUGAUUAGGUAUCUUUUUUACACCAAUGUUAUUCAGUUUUUUAACCAAAAUGUAAAUUUCCUAUUAAAAUCAUUGUGUGUGAUUGUGCCAUGGUCAUCCUCCCUGGUUUCCUGUUAAGUUGUAAAUAACAUGGAUGCAUCUGUUGUGGGCUUCCUUUACUGAGAUGUCUUUUAAGGAGUUAAUUUUGUUUCAGCCAUAUCCAUAAGUUUUGUAUUUAUAAGGACUCAAAGCAUGGAAGAAAAGUCACAUGAACUACUUGUAUCCAUAACUAAGCCCAGGCAAAGUGCAAACAAGAUGCAAUUGCAGUGGCACAGAAGAACUUAAGUCUCUGCUUUCACAUUCUAGUUCUGUUCUAGGGUAUGACACCCCGGCAGACACGGUCACUGGGAUGAAUGCAAGGAUGUGAUGGCAUAAACUGCUGUCCAGCACUUAUCUGCAGUACUGUGUUCUUCAGCUUGAGGCAGCUUUUUUUAAUGCAGAUGUAUUUAUUAACUGGCACUAAAUUUAACAUCUCAGUAUUAAGAUUUCUGAGGAACAUUAUAGGUCAAUCCUGAGUAGAAACUGGUGCCUUGCUAGCCAGGGAGUUCACUAGCUCUGUCAAUAAACACUCAAAAUUACACUUGCUAGCAGGGUAGUGUUAGGAACCUGGCUUUGUUCUCCUCUGACAAUCGCAGUUUUUGUUUUUUUGGGGGGGAGGAGUCCUUUUUUUUUUUUUUUUUUUUGGUAAAUUGGAGAUGAUUCAUUUGACAUCAUGCACUGAAGCUAAAUUUUUCUGUGAUUCCCAGAUUAUUUAUGGGGAAGUACAUUUAAGUUGCUGAAAAAUAUUGAGAUUAAGGUUAAGUGGUAUUUGUAAUGGAGCUAAAUGGCUAAUUAAGCCACUGUUAAUUUUCUUUCCUCUCUGGCAGGGCACUUGACCCAUUCCAAAGUCAAAAACUGGACUAAGCUAAAUUUAUACUUUCCAUAAUAUACAUUCUGCUUCUGGCUUACCUUCUUGAUACAUUACCAUCAAUAUAUUAAUUGUAAAGUUUAUUGUAUAGUAUUUAACCACUGAAUUUCUUAUUUUAUGUUGUGCUUAUGUGAACCCCUUGGUGAAGGUCCCUUUUCCUUGGAUAACGUGUAGUUAUAUGACCUCUUUUUAAAUGUACAGAUAUUUUGCUAUAAAACUGGUGCAGUUUUUUAUGGUUUUUACACUUCUCCUUAAUUCCCACUCUAAGCCUCUGGGUAAUAAUGUAAAUAUUGUUUAAAGAUUCAUCAGCCUACCUACGCUAUACAAUCUGAAUAUUAUUUUAACUUAUAGUUUUUUUUUUAAUAUAUAUUUAACUACAAGGACAGUUUAGAGAUCUGUUAAAUUUCACUUUAGUGUACCUAUUCACAGAUUACUUUUGAGCUGCCACCUGCUGGUACAUAAGUGUGUACUUUAAAAAGAACAUGCCAAGAUUUUGUCUUUCAUUUAACAUGCUUUCUGAUGAAAAUAGCAAUUUGGCUGUGAGAGACACAAGACAAAUAGUUGGAACUUUAUUACAAAGCAGCUGUUUUCCAAAGCUCAGUGGUGACAUCUAUGUUAAAAUAAUUGCCUAUUAUUCUUCAAAUAGACAAUGAUGUUGGCAUGUUCUUUACUGUUAGUCUAUUAAUGGGCCUGCUACUUUAGCAACAUUAGAAAUGUUUUAUAAAAGCAAUUCAUGUUACUUUUCUGGUCUUUUCAUGGCAUAUGAGCAAAUAAACUAUUUACACUACUA